AUUAAGUUUCUUUUCAUCUUCUUUUUGUUUGACAAUUCUAAAACAAAGCAAGUCAAAAGCAAUAUUUUUUCUUUGAUUAAGAUUUUUAGUUCAUACAAGCACUUGAAAUUUUGGAAACCAAAUUAUUUUAAAGACAUUAAUUACAUUGCCAAUAUUAGAAGUAUUGAGAUUAUUAACCAGAAUCCAAAUUAAUUUCAAAAAUAUGCGAGUAGAAUUAACGGAUUUUUUAUUUUUCUAUGAUCCUUGAUAUACUUACUGGGAAUUUGGCAUAUAUGUAUUACAUAUAUGCGAAACAAUGUCUUGAUUAAUAGAAAUAGAAGAAGAAUUAUCUCUACGUUGGUUACGAAUGUUUUGUUUAAAUAACACUUGUUAAUCAGUUUGAUAAAAUCAAGACAAUGGAUACGAUGGAAAGAAUCUUCAAGAAUGAAAUCGAUAUUCAGAAUGAUUGGAAUAUACAUGUCGAACGAGAAAUGGAUGACGAAGCGCCGAAGAUGGUUUUUCAAAAUAUGAAUACUCGUAGUAUUAAACAAGAAAUAAAUGAUGAGCUUAAUACAGUUGAUUUGUUAGGAGAAUCUUUUAUUGCAACUAAAUCAGAAAAAGACAGUUUUCAUGAAGUUCAUAUACCAAAUAUUCAAAACAAAUUCAACUAUCCUGGAAAGCGAAUUAAAUCAAAAGACCGAAUGGAUAUGGAGCAAACAGUAAUUAAGGACGAAAUCGAGAUUCAUAAUGAUUUUAUUUGUUAUACGAAUAUUAAACAAGAAUUGAGUGAUGAAAUUUAUAGUGUCGCAUUUCAAAAUGUAAAUACAAUUAGUACGCAUCCUAUUAAACAAGAAAUAAGUAAUGAUUUUAACACAACUCAAGUAUUUGAAAAAUCUACUGUCGUCGUAAAAACAGAGGAAUGUUCUAAUAGGGUUGAUAAACUCAAUAUAUCGAAUAAAUUUAAAUCGCGGAGUAUAAAAACUGAAGAGGAAACUAAAUCACAAGGAAUGCUAAAAAAUGGAAAAUAUUUGAAUCUGAAUAGAAUGGGUGGGAUUAUAAUCUGUGAAUUGUGUGGAAAUUUAUACACAAAACUAAGAGAAUUCCUUUGGCACUUUUUUACAAGUCAUUAUAUGAAAAAAAAUAGACGUAGAAAAGAAGGAACAACAGACAUUUCUGUUAAUAGAAAUCUCAACGAUAAUGUGAAAACUGAAAUUGAAAUAGUUGAGGAUGGUUGGAGGAACGAAAAAUAUAACAGCAAAUCUGAUAAUACCAAAUCAAGUAUAUGUGGUGGUCAAAAGAUAAAUGAUUUAAACACAAGCAAAAACUUGUUCCAAUGUAACAUGAAAACUUUUUCACAGACAAGUGAUUUCAAGAGACAUUUGUGUAGUCAUACAGGAGAAAAGCCAUUUAAAUGCGACAUUUGUUCAAAAUCGUUCUUACGGAAAUUUCAUUUGAUUCAACAUUUGUGUGUACAUACAGGAGAAAAAAAAUUUGAAUGUGAUAUUUGUUUGAAAAAAUUUUCUCAGAUAAAUGGUUUGAAGACACAUUUGCGUAGUCAUACUGGAGAAAAGCCGUUUAAAUGUGAUAUGUGUGCAAAAACUUUCUCACUGAAAAGUAGUUUGAAUUUACAUUUGCGCAAUCACACUGGAGAAAAGCCAUUCAAAUGUGAUAUUUGUUUAAAAACAUUUUUACAGAAAAGUAGAUUGAAGGAACAUUUAUAUAGUCACGCAGGAAAAAAGCCGUUUAAAUGUGAAAUGUGUUUGAGAAGUUUUUCACGAACAUCUUAUUUGAGAAAGCAUUUGAUUACUCACAAAGAAGAGAAGACAUUCAAAUGUGAUAUUUGUUCGAAAAGUUUUUCACAUAAAUUUAAUUUUAAUACACAUUUGCGAAGUCACACUGAAGAAAAGCCAUUCAAGUGUGAAAUCUGCAUGAAAACUUUUUUACAUAAACAUCAUUUAAAUAGACAUUUGCAUAGUCAUACAGGAGAAAAGCCGUUUAAAUGUGAUAUUUGUUUAAAAACAUUCAAACAGAAAAGAAGUUUAAGUGUACAUUUACUUAAUCACACAGAAGAAAAGACAUUCAAAUGUGAAAUUUGUUUGAAAAGUUUUUCACAGAAAUCUUCUUUGAAACCACAUUUGCUAAGUCAUACAAAAGAAAAGCUGUUCAAAUGUCAAAUCUGUUCAAAAACAUUCUUAUAUAAAUAUCAAUUAAAUAGACAUUUACUUACUCACACGGGAGAAAAACCGUUUAAAUGUGAUAUUUGCUUAAAAACUUUCACACAAAAAAAUAGUUUAAAUGCACAUUUACGUAAUCACACAAAAAAAAGGCCUUUUAAAUGUGACAUUUGUUCAAAAAGUUUUUCCCUGAAAUAUAAUUUGAAAACACAUUUGCUUAGCCACACUGGAGACUAACAAUUCAAAAGUGUCAUUUGUUUAAAAACUUUUUUUAUAUAAAAAUAUUUCAAAUGUACUGCGGCUGUAUGAUAGUGUGGGGGGGGGGGGGUUGUUUUUCAUAUGCUAGAGUAGGUGAACCCUGGACAGAAAUGGUUACCAUUACUUAUUAAAAACUACAAUUUAAAUAAUAAAGAAGAUAGUGGUAAGUUAGAAAUAAUUAAAUGACCCCCACAAUCUCCGGAUCUAAUCCCAAUAGAAUUAUUGUGGGAUGAACUGGAUCAGAAAGUUGAAAGUAGAAAAUUGAAUCCCACUUCUUUGGAUGAUCUUUGGAAGGCUCUUCAAACGACUUGGAAUAAUAUACCACAAAGUUUAUUAAAAAACUUAUAAAAAGAAUGUCAUGUGUAGUUAAAAAAUUAGUUGCAUAGAGUGCAGCAAUAUAAAAUGAAAGAGACAAAAUGUGUCCAUCAAUCAAAGAGUGUUAUAUUUCAAUAUUUUUAAAAUAAAACUUGUUUCAACUUGA